AUUUACUUCGUCCUCUUCCCUCUCUCUCUCUCUCUCUCUCUCUCUGUCUGCAAGUUUCUACUUUGUUCAAUGAUGUCUACUUCUUCUUCUUCUUCUUCUUGUUUUCUAUUCGUAUACACUGGUUUAUUCAUCCUUGUAAUGAUCAUGAUGUUACCCACCUUAGAGUCUUCAAAGACUUAUUCAGAGCAGCUCUCUGUGGAAUACUACAACAAGACCUGCCCACAGCUUGAAGAGCUCGUCGCUUCAGUGGCCUCUCAACAGUUCCAUGAAUCACCAAUCUCUGGGCCCGCAACCAUCCGUCUCUUCUUCCAUGAUUGCUUUGUCCAAGGCUGCGAUGCUUCGGUUCUGAUAUUGUCAAAGCCUGGAAGUUCAUCAUUGGCCGAGAAGGAUGCGCAAGAUAACAAAGACCUGGCAAGGGUGGCGUUCGAUAGCAUAGAGAAAGCUAAGUGCUUAAUCGAAACCAAAUGCCCCGGCGUUGUUUCCUGUGCUGACAUUCUCGCCAUCGCAGCCAGAGAUUUCGUUCACCUGGCAGGGGGUCCUUAUUACCAAGUGAAGAAAGGCAGGUGGGACGGCAAGGUCUCAAUGGCAUCAAAGGUGAGCUCUAAUAUCCCACAUGCGAAUUCCACGGUGGACGACCUUCUCAAGCUCUUUGCCUCAAAGGGUCUAAGCCUAGAAGACUUGGUGGUGCUUUCGGGUGCCCACACCAUUGGUUUUGCCCAUUGCGAACAUUUUGUGAACCGGCUUUAUAACUAUAAAGGCACAAAAAAGCCCGACCCAUCCAUCGACCCGAGACUUCUGAAAGCCUUAUGUAUGAUGUGUCCGGCCUCCGGUGGCAACACUGAUGUUGUUGCGCCACUUGACGUUAAGACGCCGUUUGCAUUCGACCAUGUGUAUUACAGGAAUUCGCAGGUUAAGAUGGGGCUCUUGGCCACUGAUCAAGAAUUGUUCCUGGAUCCAAGGACCCGACCCGUUGUUGUGUCUCUUGGGAAAGAUAAGAAAAAGUUCUUUCAGGCCUUUUCAGAAGCAAUGGAUAAGAUGGGUUCAAUAGGAGUGAAGAGUGGAGGUAAGAAUAUGGUGAUUAGGAGAGAUUGUGCUCAGAAUGUGUGAUGGUUUUUGUGCUCUUAUUCUUGUCAUCUUCUCUGACCUCAGUGUGUUCUUGAGUGAGAGUGAGGAUGAGGGUUGUUGUAGGGGGGCUCACAUGACUCCAGGCCCAUUUGUUUGUGGGUGUUAAAAUUGUCUUUGCAUAAAAAGGGAGGGCAAAAAAAAAAAAAAAAAAGAGGUGAGCAAUUUUGGGAGAAAAGAAAACAAAGAAAGGGGUUUUAGGGUUUUCAUAUUGUGAGCUUAUUUCUUGGUUGGGAGGAAGAACUCAAGGAAGAAGGAGAAGCAAGUGUUGGGUAAUCUAACAACAACUGCCUAGUGUAGUUGGUGAGCUAUGGUGUGCAAAAAACUCAUGCUCACCAGAAGGUCUCAAGUUCAAACCUCCUGGAAGUUGCCUACUUCCUUCCCUACCUAUAAAAAAUAAGUGUUGAGUAAUCUUAGAAAGGUUACUCAAGAACAGAGGCAAUCAAUCAUUGCAAGAGUUGGUUGUCUCUACAAGGUUAAGGUGUUCUACAUAGUCUUUGGUAAUGAGUUUUAGUGGUGAGGUUGAAGUUUUUCUAUUGAGACUGUGAGACCUGUGAUUUUUCCCUCUUCAUUGGAGGGUUUUCCAUGUAAAUCGAUCUCUUAUCUCAUGUGUGUUGCUCUUAUGGUAUUUGAUUAUUUGCCCCAUUUGAAUUUCAAUUACAUUUUGUUUCACU